AUGUUUUGCGAAGGUUUUUUCAUGCACACAGUCAUUGUGAAAACAUUCGCCAUUGGUCGUCACCUUCGUAAUGUUUGUUACGUCAUCGGCUGGGGUGCAAGUUUUCUUUUCUUUCAUCUUUCCUUCAUUUCGUUUUGUUCCUCUUUUGGCUUUUUAUUUUUACUUUCUUCCUUUACUUUCUUUUUGUUUUUCCUUCUUGCUUGCUUUUUACUUUUGCUAUUUAUUUCGUCUUGCUUUUGUUUUUCGUAUUUUGUUUUCUUUCUUUCUUUUUUUUUACCUAAUUUUCUUUUCUUUUUUUUAAUUUCUUUCGUUUUAUUAUUGUUUCCUUUUUACUUUUCCCCUUUUUCUUCUAUUUUUCUUUUUCCAUUUCUCUCUUUCUCUUUUCCUUUUUUUUUCGCUUUUCUCUUUUCGUUUUCCUUAUUUUUGUUUUUUCCUCUUUCAUUUUGUAUUUUUCAUUUUUUUAAUUUUUUCCUUCUUUCUUUUUGCUUUCUUUGA